AUGGCAUCUUUAAUUGAAUCCUCCACCAACGAGUUCUCACCAAAUAUGGGCAAACCACAAGGAAAUUACACAGUUGACAAUCAUUUCUUCUCAACUUCCCUUGUGCCCAGUAAAAUGAGACAAAAAUUAUAUUACCUACAAUCAAUUUUAAAUGCAUGCGCCUUAAACGAGAACGUCAUGACCAUAUUAGAAGGAGAAGUUGAACGAAUGUUCGCGAGUCUUGAUGAACUUGAAAGAGUUAUGCAUAAACUUGAUGGCCAAAUGAAUGAGGUCGAUGAAAUAAAUUAUGGAGAUGAAAAGAUUGAUGAUGAACUUUUGAUGAUUUAUCAAAACGUUGUUCGUUUAAUAAAAGGAAUGGAAGAAAAUAUGGACCUAUUGGAAAAAUUAAUUCAUAAUUGCGCAGAAAAACAUAAUGAAUUCCAUGCAACUCACACCCAUUCAACAAGUAGUAAGUAUGAUGGUCGUUUAAUUCGUCCUGAGGGAGUUAAUUCAUGGAUUGUUUCUACCAUCAAACGAUUAUAA